AUGAGCUCCGAAGCUCCGCAAGAGUACUCCUUCGAUGAGGAGAUACUUCACUUCUUCCGCCAGACCUCUGCAACUCAGUUAGCUUGCAAUGCUCGUGCGCAGGAGCUCGCCGGUGGGCCUGUUGUUCCUGUUGAAAUCCAAGGUAGCUGUAGCUAUACUGUUUAUGCAGGACCCACUCGCGAGUCCGUGGUACAAUUUCGACUUGAAUCGCUAACCCUGAAGACCGCCAUGGUCAAUCUGGCCCGUGACAUAUACGGGCCUUUGAUUCCGUCUGCUACUUUCUAUGGUCGGAUUGGAGACUCAAAUGAGGGCGCAGAUGGAAAAGAGCAGUUACUUGUCUAUGUCAUGAGUCGAGUAAAAGGCAUCAGCCACCUUGAUUUCAUUCUGGCUCAUAAUCUUCCACCUGACUCGGUCGAGUUUUGUAUCUGGCGACAAAACCUGAUAGCAGACAUUGCAGGAUUCCUUGGGCUGGCAUGGAAGCAUCCACAGCCUAUUAGCUCAUCGGAUCGAGAAGCUAAACUUCAGAGAUACGAGAAAGAUUUACGCCAACUUCUUGUCGCGCUGCCGAGUCGCUUCCAGCCCAUCAUCCAACAAUCCAUUGAUACUCUGCCAGCUAUCUUCGCACUUCCUAUGGUCCUUAUCCAUAAGGACUUUGGUGUCCACAACGUUAUGGUCGACGAGAAAUACAAUCAUCUAGUCGGAGUCAUUGACUGGGCUGAAGCUGAGAUUGGGCCCUUUGGGACAAACUUCCACUCCCUCCAGCAAUUCAUGGGCCACUUUCGCCUUCGUGUAGGCUGGAUCCGCCAUGCCAACUACGAAAUUUUAGAUCGAAUCUUUUGGGACAUCCUAUCGAGAAGUACCGGAAACCUUGAUGCCGAUACCCUCCAGACAAUCAAAGCGGCCAGAAUCGUUGGUCUUCUACGGUCCCACGGAUUCACGAGUCGUCUCGGUAAUAAGACAGAGCCAGAGCCUAUUCGAGAUGAUGAAAGUGGAGCCUACAAUAUGCUUGGACUAGAUGGAUUGCUUCUUACCCCAGCUACGAAGCUUGUGGAUUAG